CCGACAUCCCAACAACUUGCGCAACUUUUUCUUUUUUUUCCCCCAGAACUCCUUGUCGCCAAGUUUUUUUUCUGCAGACAACCUGGAGUUUGGCAAGCGCUGAGAGAAAGUUGCCCCGUGGCCACUUUUGGUUCAAAGUCGAGAGAAGUCGAGACGACUGCCUCACAAACCUCUGCAGCAUUUGUUUCGGGCAUCCCUGGCUCUACUUCAAGGUAUACAAAUGCUCUCCGUCCAGCCGGACACCAAGCCAAAAGGCUGUGCCGGCUGCAACCGGAAGAUCAAGGACCGCUACCUGCUGAAGGCCCUCGAUAAGUACUGGCACGAGGACUGCCUCAAGUGUGCCUGCUGCGACUGCAGGCUGGGCGAGGUGGGCUCCACGCUCUACACCAAAGCCAACCUCAUCCUGUGCCGGAGAGACUACCUACGGUUGUUUGGUGUAACGGGGAACUGCGCGGCCUGCAGCAAGCUCAUUCCAGCCUUCGAGAUGGUCAUGAGGGCCAAGGAGAACGUCUACCACCUGGACUGCUUCGCAUGCCAGCUCUGCAAUCAGAGGUUUUGUGUGGGAGACAAGUUUUUCCUGAAGAACAACAUGAUCCUGUGCCAGACAGACUACGAGGAGGGGCUGAUGAAGGAGGGCUACGCUCCCCAGGUACGCUGACCCUCGUAGGCCGGCACGGAGGAAGAGGAGGAGGAAGAGGAGGAGUGGGAGAAAGAGAGAGACUGACGGAGAGCUUGCAAUCACACAACAAAAAGCACUAUAGCCUCCUGUCCAUCUUCUGUCCCCCACAUGUACAUAACUAAGAAAGCCUCCCUUGGAGGGGACACAUUCUGCUGUACAAAAUAGCCAUAGAGACGCCGGCGUGGCAGAGAAAGGCCCUGGAAGCAUACAACAUACUACAACUAUGAAACAACAGUUUGUCCAUUUCUUUGUUUGUGACUGACGGAUGCUGCCUCUUCCAUUCAGGCCAACUAACACUGGCCCCAGAGCAAUUUCUAACCAACUGGUGUUUCCCAGUUGUUGGAAGAAAAAAAAGUGAACCCACCCAAACCAGACUUGUCUCGUUUUAUCUGACAAGGACAGACAGCGUCCCACAUGACUGCACAGUCCAACAACUUAUACUUGAAUCUUAAAACACACUGAGGUAUUGUCAAUCAAUGUAAUUUUGCGAUGAAGACCUUUUUACUGUAUUGAUAUCGGAUUAAAAAACAUGCUGAAUGUAAACUGAAGAGCGGCAAAACUAACGCCUUGGGAUGAGUGAUUUGUUGCAAUGUGUGUGUCUGUAUGUAUGUGUGUGUAUGUGUGUGUGUGUGUGUGGAUCCCUCUUCAGGAUGAGCACUUCUCUGCAGUGCAGUCUCACAAGGCUUGGUCUGGUCCAUAUAGUCGUUUCAGAACCCUCAAGAUUCCAAAGCUGUUCCCCUUAAACAACCGAGUCAUUGUACUGUCGACCCAUGAUGACUCGUGUCAUGUAGGUGUGACUUUAUGGUCGCACAUCUCCAGAGAUAACAAUAAAUGUGUGAUUAGAAAGUCUGAAUGUCAAUGGAAUGACCUUUCACAGGUCAAAACCGGCAACAUCGGAAAACAUGGAUACAUUUGCUAAUUCUAAUGUGAACAUCAUUAUCCACCAUUCGGCUCUGAGCUUGUAUCCUCCUGCCUUCCCACCACCACACACAAGUCACACUGAGUCAGCAGCAACUAGCAGGUGACCGAAGCGGAGCAGAUAUUUAUCACGGGAGUAGGUGGAGACCAAAGCGGAGCUAAAGUGAGAGUAAAGAUUGGCUGUUGUCUCCAUUGAGAUGCUAAAGUUGCUCUCUGUCUGCUGGAUGUGUAAAUAUGAAGCUCAGUAUGUUCCUAGCUACAGUGUGUGAAACGUUGUGUCUUCAGCUUGUUUAAGAACGAAAUAAAAGAAUACAUUUAUAGCAGCUCUAAACGUUAUGGACCAGACUUUAUGCCUGUAGACAAACACCCGGCUGUGUGAGAUCUUUCAUGAGGUGACGAGAGUCGGUUCCAUUCCUAAAAUGCAUUCCGUCAGAGCUCCUUUCAGCAGUGGGUUGGACUGUGACUCCAGGCUCUCUUCUCCUGCGGUGGAAGAAGGUGCAAUUUCUUUUUCUGCCGGAAACAGUCUUUCUAUUUAUUGAAACCUCGCUUUCGCAUUGGUCAUGGAGGCAGGAUGUCGUAGCGUCCGUCGGGGGGUGAAGGGAUCGGUGUGGGUUGGAGGGCGGGUUGGUUACUUUUUUGUACACUAUUUAUUUGAUAAACGUUCGAUGCUUCACCAGUUGUCCGAGAUUUUGCAUUGUUUGACUUGCUGGUACGGAAAUCCAGUCGAUGUUUUCUCAAUCACUGGCUUAUGUUGAGGAUGGCUCUGGGUUCAGUCACCUGCACUCUACAACAGGUCAGUCAUCUCAGUCGUGAUUGCCCCCCCCUGCUGCAGAGGAGUCACAUCCCUUUCAAACGUUCAACAAUGUUCAUGUUUCUAAUAUUAAAUAUCAGCAUCUGAAUGUGUGAUACGGCGCUCAGCAACAUUUCUUAGCUGGUAAAGAAAAGAUCCUUCUCUAAUUUGUAAAUUAUGGGUGUACAUAAAAGAAAUAUUCAUUUUUGCUUGCUAUUGUACAAUGAUUUCUUUUUAUGUGUCAUCCAGCAUGAGAUGUUUAUUUUUAGGACAACGCUUGUAAAUACUGUAAUUGUAAUAAUUUUAAGCACAAAUGUAAUACAGUUUUAUUGUGUUA